GCAUGCUCACAGUUUUUCCUUUACAAAAGAUGAAAUGCAAAAACUACUUGACGAUGUGUAAAGGUUCCUCAAAGGUCUAUUGACGUCGCUGCUCUCCACAAAAAUGUGAACUGAUGAGGUCAUCCUUCUCGCGAUGUUUGAUUGGAGGCUGGAAAAGCAGACAUAACCAUACCACCCCUCUAUUAUUAACAGCAAACAGAAACGCCGUUACUCAAGACCCUUCUCACUUUUCAUCUUUAAUCAGCAUACCUAUUUUUUUCUAACUAGAUCUUUUCAAGGAUUUAACCAAAAAAGAUUAUUCGCAAUGGCUCUUCUUAUUUGCUGUUCACGGAGAGGGUACGUUUCAGUAUUUCUCUUUCUUUCUUUUAUCGUGGACACGGUUUCCCCCGUCACCCAUUAUUCUGUUCCCGAAGAAAUGGAGGAAGGCUCUGUCGUUGCCAAUUUAGCGACAGAUUUGGGAUUGGAUGUCAGGACUCUGAAUAAAAGAAAAAUGCGAGUAGAUGUAGUAGGAAAUAAGAAAUAUAUUGACAUUAACAGAGAAACGGGAGAGCUGUUCAUCUCCGAAAGAAUAGAUAGAGAGUUAUUGUGCCCGUUGAAGACAACAACAUCAUGCUUCCUUAAAUUAGAUGCUACCAUUGAAAAUCCCAUACGGAUGUUUAAUAUCGAGGUGGAAAUUCUGGACAUUAAUGAUAACGCUCCUCAUUUUCGCCGCGGGACGAUGCAUUUGGACAUAUCUGAGUCCAGCCCCGUUGGAGAGAGAUUCUCAUUAAAUAAUGCUGUGGACCCAGAUGUUGGAACGAAUUCUGUGAAAAACUACCACCUCAGCUCCAGUGAACAUUUCUCCAUUGAGAUUCAGACCGGUAGAGACGGGACAAAGUUUGCUGAUUUGGUUCUGAAAAAGGCUUUGGACAGAGAGCAGCAGGCUGUUCAUAAUCUAAUACUGACAGCUGUGGAUGGAGGAGUCCCCACGCGCACAGGUACAGCCAGCAUCAUAGUGCGCGUGCUUGAUGUGAACGACAACGCCCCUUCAUUUGAUCCGGACAAAUAUGAUGUAGAUGUUAUGGAAAACUCCCCGAUUGGCAGUCUAGUGAUUAAACUGAAUGCAACAGAUUUAGAUGAAGGGUCAAACGCAGAGUUAGUGUAUUCAUACAGCCUGUAUACAUCAGAGAGAACACAGAAGAUGUUUAACCUGAAUCCAGAAAAUGGUGAAAUCAGAGUCAAAGAGAUGAUCAAUUAUGAAGAUUUUAAGAUUUAUGAAAUGGAGGUUAUUGCCAAUGAUAAAGGACCAAACUCCUUAUCUGGACAGUGUAAACUGACAAUACAGGUGACAGAUAUGAACGACAACCACCCAGAAAUUUCUAUUAAGUCAUUUCAGAGUCCAAUCAAAGAAAAUGAGCCUGUAGAUACAGUGAUCGCAGUGGUGAGUGUCAGUGAUAAGGACUCAGGUGAUAACGGGAUAGUUGAUCUAACUAUUCCUGAAAAUUUACCUUUUAAACUGAGGGAAUCCUCUGAUAACUAUUAUGAGUUAGUUGUUUCAGAGCCAUUAGAUCGUGAGAAGGUUCCAGAAUAUGACAUUACAUUCACUGUUACAGACAGAGGUUCUCCUCCUUUAUCUGAUAAUGAAACUAUGACUUUAGAGCUGCUGGAUGUUAAUGAUAAUGUUCCACAGUUCCCUCAGUCAUUUUAUACUAUACGUGUAAUGGAGAAUAAUGCACCAGGAGCCUUGCUCAGUUCACUCACUGCGUUUGACCCUGACCUCCAUGAAAACCAGUAUCUAGUUUAUUUCAUCCUGGAGAAGGAGAUAGCCAACACCUCCAUGUCCAUGCUGUUCUCCAUCAAUCCAGAGAACGGGAACCUUUACGCACUGAAAACCUUUGACUAUGAGAUUGAGAAGGAGUUUCUUUUCCACAUUGAGGCCAGAGACUCUGGUUCUCCUCCUCUCAGCAGUAACGUGACUGUCCACAUCAUCAUUGUGGAUCAGAACGACAAUGCUCCUGUUAUUGUGUCUCCGUGGCGAGCCCACGGCUCAGUGGUGGAGGAAAAGAUCCCCAGAUCCACCGAUAAAGGCUCCCUGGUUGCCAAGGUGAUAGCCUUGGACAUAGACUCGGUGCACAACUCUCGGAUUACCUACCAGUUUCUCCAGGUGACUGAUGCCAACCUAUUCAGUCUGGACCAAUACAACGGAGAGAUCCGGACCAUGAGGAUGUUCAGUUACAGAGAUCCACGCCACCAGCAGCUGGUUGUGGUUGCCAAGGACAACGGACAGCCUGCUCUGUCUGCUACAGUCACCAUCAAGCUGUCCACAGUGGAGACUGCUGUGAAGGCCUACUCUGACAUGACUGAGGUGCCUCUAGAAUAUGACAUCUUCUCAGACCUCAACCUGUAUUUGGUCAUUGGUCUGGGCUCAGUGUCAUUUCUCCUGCUCAUCACCAUAUUGGUCACUAUUGUGCUCAAGUGUCAGAAACCCAAGGCCAGUAAAACAGCUCCUCCCUGCAGGAACAGUGUGAUCAGUGAGAGGAACUCCACCAUCGCAGACUCCACUCUGGUGUCCAACGAUGCCUACUGGUACAGUCUGUUUCUAGCAGAGACCAGGAAAGGAAAGCUGGUGGUUAGACAGCCUGUGCCAAAGGGCUCCAGAUACAUUGUGUCCAGUAUACCGAGAAGUACAGGAGUGACUGACACUAGUGACUCUGCAGCUUCUACUCUACAGGUAUGA